AUGAAGAGCUUCGAGCCCCUCUUCCCGGCCGCAGCGGCGCCGCACAACCCGUACUACCGGCACUCCAAGGCACGCAAAGGGUCGUACACGUCCGCCACUGACCGCUUCUACGUGCUCGUGGGGACUGUCGUGGUAUUUGUGCUCUUUCUAGGCUACCAGAACCUCGGCAACGUCCCGCCCACUUCAACUGACCUGCAAGCAGGAGCGGCGGCGGCGCUGUCAGGAGGCAAGCAGCGAUUGAGACUACGUGGACCGCACGGCAGUAUGGCAACGAAGACGGAGACGCAGCAACAGGCGCUGAGCACCUCGUCGCUGCGGUUCAAGAUCAUGACGUUCAACUUGAGAUAUGCUGGCACGGGGGACGGACUCAAUGGCUGGCAGUACCGCAAGGAGCACGUAGCAGACAUUAUCAAUCGAUACCAUCCAGCAGUCUUGGGUACUCAGGAAGGGCUGAAGACGCAACUGGCAGAGCUGGAGGCCAUGUUGAAGCACCCGUAUGAGCGCUUUGGUGUCGAGCGCGAGGAGAAUGGUGAGUUUGAGCAGCUUUUCUACGAUACGGAGGUGCUUGAGCGCCUGGACAGUGGCGAUUUCUGGCUGUCGGAAGAGCCCGAUAGACCGGGAACGAAAGGAUGGGAUGCAGCAUGUGUGCGUAUGGUGACGUGGGGAAAGUUUCGUCUGCGAGCGACGCAGCAAGAGCUGUUUGUGUUCAACACACAGCUGGAUCACGUGGGCGAUCAGUCGCGUGAGAAGAGCUCUACGUUGCUUUGGGAGCGCAUGAAGCGAAUUGCGGGUGAUGCACCGCUCUUCCUCAUGGGUGAUUUCAAUACGUAUCGCCACACGAGUACGUACAGCUUCUACACGUCUCAAAAAGACGGGCCUCAGCUGCGUGAAGCCUGGCCAGAAGCGGCAAAACAGAUUGGUGACGUGUCGUAUACGUACCACGGCUGGGCUGGUGUUCACAAUGAUGGAGAGAAGAAUGCUAUUCGUGCUGCCAACCACAUCGACUGGAUCUUCUAUCGCCCGGAGAUGAAAGUGCUGACGACGGAGGUCAUUACCGAAGAUCGUAACGGGCGCUACCCGUCGGAUCACUACCCCAUCCAAGCCGAGGUGCUCUUUCCGAGUCCUGCACAGCUUCCUCCCCCGCACCGGGCUGACAAAGGCAAUUGA